AUGAGUACAUCAAUUUUUGAUUUUGUUCAUUUAUUUCCAAUAUGCAUGGAUAUUUUAGACAAACAAAAAGGAAAUGUGGAUCGUGGAGGUGUAUGGGAACAAAUAUGUAGCGGGUCGUCUGAACCUGAAUUAAAAGAGUACUUAAAAGAUGAAAAUUUAAAAAAAGCGAAUAUUUGCACAUUAGCUAAUUUAUAUUUAGUGGACAUAGAUAAUAUGGUUGAAGACAUAUUAACUGAAGCUGCAUGUAAAUAUUUUUUUUACUGGUUGUCCUAUAAUCUCGAACAUUUAGAUAAAAUACAAGAUAUUAAAGAUAAUUAUGAUGCUUUUCUGAAAAUAAUUGAAGGUGGUGUACCAGGUAUAACAAGGCAUAAAUGCCGUAAUUAUGAGGAUUCUAUUACUGUUCAUGAUUUUGCAAUACUCAAGGCUGUACAUGGUAUGCAUUCAUAUGUUACUAAUGUAGACAACAGAAAUAUACACUAUAAUGACUUGAAAUUUCAUAAGUCAAUAAAUGAUUUUAAAAAUAAAUAUAAUAUUAUUACCGAAACAAAAGAUAUGGGAGUCAAUAUUUCAGAAAUAGCAACACCUUGUAAAACAAAUAUCGGAGUUCCUAUUGUAAUUACAUUUUCUACGAUGCUAUUAUUAUGCAUUUUGUCAUUUAUUUUUUAUAAGUAUACAAAUAUUUUCUCACUUUUUCAACGUAAAAUAUUAAAAAAAAAGAAUUAUUUGAAUAAUAUGGAUAACGAAGAAAACAUAUUCCAACCUGAAACUUCAAGAAUGAUUUUAAAUGAUAUUAGUUAUAAUGUAUCAUAUAAAUUUGACUAA